UUUGCUAUCGUUGCAGGAUCUGGAGUAUGCCUGAGGACCCCAGCAACCAUGCCGAAACCACACAGUGAAGCGGGGACUGCCUUCAUUCAGACCCAGCAGCUCCAUGCAGCCAUGGCUGACACUUGCCUGGAACACAAGUGCUGCUUGGACAUUGACUCUGCACCCAUUACGGCCUGCAACACUGGCAUCAUUUGUACCAUUGGUCCUGCUUCCCGAUCUGUGGAGAUGCUGAAGGAGAUGAUCAAGUCUGGGAUGAAUGUGGCUCGGCUCAAUUUCUCUCAUGGAUCUCAUGAGUACCAUGCAGAAACCAUCAAGAAUGUGCGUGCGGCCACAGAGAGCUGUGCUUCUGACCCUAUUCUCUACCGGCCUGUUGCCAUGGCUCUGGACACAAAGGGACCUGAGAUCCGUGCUGGGCUCAUCAAAGGCAGUGGCACUGCAGAAGUGGAGCUGAAGAAGGGAGCCACCCUGAAGAUCACCCUAGACAACACCUACAUGGACAAGUGUGAUGAGAAUAUCCUGUGGCUGGACUACAAGAACAUCUGUAAGGUGGUGGAGGUAGGCAGCAAGGUCUACGUGGACGACGGGCUCAUUACACUGCUGGUGAAGGAGAAAGAUGCUGACUUCCUGGUGACAGAGGUGGAGAACGGUGGCUCCUUGGGCAGCAAGAAGGGGGUGAACCUCCCGGGAGCUGCUGUGGACCUCCCUGCCGUGUCGGAGAAGGACGUCCAGGACCUGAAGUUUGGAGUGGAGCAGGAUGUAAACAUGAUGUUUGCAUCUUUCAUCCGCAAGGCAGCCGAUGUGCAUGAAGUUAGGAAGGUCCUGGGAGAGAAGGGCAAGAACAUCAAGAUUAUCAGCAAGAUCGAGAACCAUGAAGGUGUCCGCAGGUUUAAUGAGAUUUUGGAGGCCAGUGAUGGGAUCAUGGUGGCUCGUGGUGACCUUGGCAUUGCGAUUCCUGCAGAGAAGGUCUUCCUGGCUCAGAAGAUGAUGAUUGGCCGAUGCAACCGAGCAGGGAAGCCUGUCAUCUGCGCCACACAGAUGCUGGAGAGCAUGAUCAAGAACCCCCACCCCACACGUGCUGAGGGCAGUGAUGUGGCCAAUGCAGUCCUCGAUGGAGCAGACUGUAUCAUGUUGUCAGGAGAAACAGCCAAAGGGGACUACCCUCUGGAGGCUGUUCGCGUGCAGCACCUGAUUGCCCGAGAGGCAGAGGCCGCCAUCUACCACUUGCAGUUAUUCGCAGAACUCCGCCUUCUGGCACCUAUUACCAACGACCCCACAGAAGCUGCUGCCUUGGGUGCUGUGGAGGCCUCUUUCAAGUUCACCAAGUCUGGCAGGAGUGCUCACCAGGUAGCCAGGUACCGCCCACGUGCUCCCAUCAUCGCUGUGAUGCGCAAUCCCCAGACAGCCCGCCAGGCCCAUCUGUACCGAGACAUCUUCCCUGUGCUGUGUAAGGAUGCGGUACUGGAUGCCUCCAUGAAUGUUGGCAAUGCCCGAGGCUUCUUCAAGAAGGGAGAUGUGGUCAUUCUGCUGACUGGGUGGCGUCCUGGCUCCGGUUUCACCAACAACAUGUGUGUAGUGCCUGUGCCUUGAUGGCCCUCUAGAGCCCCUCUUCCAGCCCCUUUCCCAUCCUCUCCCCCAUCUCAUCCAUUAGGCCAGCAAUGCUUGUAGUGCUCACUCUGGGCCAUAGUGUGGCGCUGGUGGGCUGGGACACCCGGGAAAAUUAAUGCGUCUCUGAACCGUGGACUAAAGCCCAGCUGUCAAUCAUACGGCCCUACCUGAGUUAGGGGUGAAGGAGGAAUGCAGAACUGGAAACCCUCUGGCUUUAUCACAAAAGGGAAGCGACAUCUCCGC